AUGCCUGCAUGCCGAGACGCGAGAGUUGCCUCGUUGGCAGCUGGCUUCACCCUCGGUUUCGGAUUCCUGACGGUGUGGGAGGCCUUGAAGCAGACGAGACGGAACAAGAACCCUCUUCGCAGCUCGUAUAUCUACAUGUUAUGGGGAGAAAUAGCAGCAAAUCUCACAAUCGCCAUCAUCGCUUGGUUAUUCCUUGACGGCGUAUUAUCAUCAACAGUCCCCGUCCUGUUCUUCAUUCUUUUGCUAUGGGUCUUCGAGGUUCAACUUCUGAUGCAAAUCAUUAUCAACCGAAUUGCCAUCAUUCACGAGAACCAGAGGUUUAUCUCUUGGUUGAAAUGGGGAUGCUUCUCUGGCAUCUUCGUCAUCGAAAUUCUGGUCUUUUGUAUUUGGAUUCCUGCCCAUAUGGACCCGCCACUGAGUCAAACAUUCGUGACCAUCAACGAUUAUUGGGACAGAAUUUCCAAGGUAUUGAUUUUGGUCGUUGAUGCCGGGCUCAACUGGUACUUUUUGGCAAUUGUUAAGAAGCGUCUCCUCGAUCAAUAUGGUCUCGUCAAGUACAAGCCGCUUGUCAGCUUCAAUGCCAAGCUUAUGGUGGUCUCCAUUCUCAUGGAUGCUAUGCUGAUCGGCCUCAUGUCACUUCCCAAUCAGGUCGUCUAUAUUCAAUUUCACCCGGUGGCGUACAUGGUCAAGCUCAACAUUGAAAUGUCUAUGGCCUCCCUGAUCACGCACCUCGCCCGCAACGGUAGCAACGAUGUUCACAUGGGCACCCUUUCCGAAUCCGACCGCCGCCGCCAAUUCGGAACAGACGAGAACGGAACGAGCGCCACCCGAGCCCGCGACAUUGGCUUGAAGUCCUUCACAAGAUCAAGAGUCCAACAUGACCCCGACGACGUCGAUCCCUCACACAGCGGUGGUAUUCAACGGACUCGCGAAGUCAAUGUCACUAUUCAUCAAUCCAACCCGAACGACAGCGCCCACAAGAACCAUGGGGUUAUGUUUGAGGAUGAGCUGUCGCUUACCCACAACAAAGGGUAUCCCUCGGGGAGCGUCAAAGAACUCGACGGACGAAGCUCAUCAGCAAGCACCAAGUCCUAG